UCAUAUUUACAGGUGUUGAUUUCUUUUAUUAUUUGUAUUAAGACAGCUCCGUCUUCCUGACAUCUACGAACAUUACAUGCACUUGUGUCAUGUGGUAUACCUUACUUGUGUGGGGUAGAUAGUGUUACCGUCUGAGGAUCAUGAGACCCGAAGCAGGCUUUUAGCUCAUAUAGGUCCACAGAAGCCUGAAGUGCUUGGAAAUGGCAGAGCUCACGAUGGAAAACCCACUGGCAUCUCAGCCACAGUUAAAUAAAGUGGCGCAAGAUACAAUAGAUUGUAUUAUGGUACUGAAGAGAGAAUUUGAUGAAACAAAGACCCCAGUUAAUGAUGAUAACCAAACGCUUCAUCGUUUUUGCGCCAAACUAGAACAUCUGCUGAAGGCUGAAAUGAAAGAAAAAACUACACUGCUUGGCAGGAGAAAGGAAUAUUAUGACUUUUUUUGUGAUUGUUUAUCAACCACUAAAGGUCUGAAUGAUGGAAUCAAGUUUGUCAAAUCCACUGGAGAGUACAAGACAUCAACUGGACGAGGUCGUGCGUUUAUCCGCUUCUGUCUCGUCCAUCAGCGAUUAGCUGACACCAUACAACAGUGUGUCAUGAAUGGCAGAGUUACAAGUGACUGGUACACCGUGAGGUCAGUAUGGCUCAAUCACAUCCAGAAGAACACUAUUAUCACAGCCCUCUAUGAACUGAAUGAUAUCAACUUUGACCUUCUUCCUCGGGGAUAUGACCUUGACAGUGCGUGGCCAUCUUUUUCAAGGAUAACUCAUGGACUUGGCGUACCACAAGGAAACUGGAACCCCCCAAGUAGGGCCUCGAGCUACACUAGCAUUGUCAGUCUACCAGGGCAGGAACCUGUGUUCACGCGUGAGAGGAGGGACACUACGUCAACAACAGUGAGUGAGGCAGAAUAUGACCAGAUGACCCAUGACCUAUCCAUAUCGGAAGGGGAGAAGUCACAGCUGUCUCUGAGGGUAGAGGAGUUGGAACAAGAGAACGUCAACAUUGCUGAGGCCAUCACAGCUAAGGAACAGGACCUCACCGAACGGGAAGCUGAACUGGCCAAGGUCAUGGAGAGGUGCAGAAUGCUGGAGGCAGAAAUGGGUUUGAAGGAGAAGGUAUGGGAGGAGAAAGAAGCCCAUUUUAAGUCCGAGACUUUAUCAUGUAACAAGAAGAUCAAAACCCUUGAGGAUAAGAUAGAUCAGUUGAGAGAAGAACUUCUGACCAAUGAGAAGUCUUUCAUCAGGAGAGAGGAUGACUACAAAAAGCAAUUUCAGGAGAGGGAAAACAGGGUUGUGCAACUGGAAGUUGAGUUGAAAUCUACCCAGCAGGUGACUGACAGUGUGAGGGAGUUGUUAAAGACGCAGGAACAGGCUGUGAGCAGUUUACAAACCAAGCUCUCCUGUCAGGAAGGUAAAAAUGAGGAGCUGCUACACAAAAUGGAGGCCAUGGUCCUGAAUAAAGACUCUGAGGUUGGUUCUCAGCUGGACACAGCUGGCAAGUUACAUGCAAUGCUGGACAAUUUGAAGACUUCUGAGCAGGAAAAUGUUGAACUGCGGUCAAAACUGGAGGAAUCGUCUAGAAAAUGUGAUGAUCUAGAAGCAAAUCUGGCUCAGUUUGAAGAGCUGCAGAAAACAAGUUUAGAGGAACUGAACACUGUGAAAUCCUCCUUGAAGGCGUCUCAGUCAAAAGAAGCAGAAAAUGCUCUGCAAGUUCAGCAGUUACAGUCAAAACUAACAACAGCUCAAUCCCAUAAUGAACAGUUAUCUGAGAAAUUGACUGAGAACUCUGCUGCAAUUGAGAAUCUGACUGGUGAAGUUGCUGAUGUUAAGAGACAGAAUAGUAAAAUAACUCAACAGCUUAAAGAGCAGGAGGAGAAACAUGACAGUGUUAAAAAAUUGUUAGAGAAUACAGAGGGUUUGAAUGAGAAGUUAAGGGAAAAUCAAACACAAUUGACUGAGGAGUUGAAUGCCAAAGAUAGCAGCAUAGUUCAGCUGAGAUCUGAACUGGACACAGCCAGAUCUCAGGCAGAAGAGACUGAAGGGCAAACAUCGGCAUACAGGACUAUGGUCAGUCAACUGGCUGAUGUGCUGGAAGGCAGUCUCACAGACAAAGAUUUAACUCAAAUGGUAAAUCUAAUACCUGAUGAAAACACUAGGAAAACCUUAAAACUCUUUAAGGAACGUCUUGACUCCAAGAGGGCUUCUGCUGAAGAAACAAACCAGAAGCUUCUCAGUUUGGAGGAAGAGAUGGUCCACUUGAAGGAGGAGAACUCUGAGCAGGGGAGACAACUGCAGUCAGAACAACAAGCAGUGGAACAGCUAAGGGAGAUGAAUAAAUUUUUGCAGAACCUUGAAACUGAUGCCAGAAGUCGUUCUGAAAAAGAUUCUUCUUUGCUCCAGAUGAAGGACAACCAAAUUCAAGGUCUAGAAGAGCAGAUGAAACAAAAAGAGGACACAGUCAGUGAGUUGAGAAGUGAACUCGUGUCAAAGGCUGAAAAUAUCACCAAGAAAAAUCAGGAGAUGGCAGAAAUGAGAGCAUCUGCUCAGAAAAUACAGGAGCAGCUCCAGACUUCAUUAAAGUCCAAAGAAAUAACAGAUCAGGAAUUUACGUCCAUCAUAGAAAAGUGCAAUGUUUUAGAAAGCAAUUUACACAGUGAGAAAAAGAAAACUGAAAUGCUUGAAGCACAGAAGGCUAAACUGUCAGAAGAACUACAGAAAGCUAACAGUAGUUUGAAAGAUUCUCAGGAGCAUUUGGAACAUUUGAAAGAAAGCAGUGCUGCAGAAAAACAAGUCAUUGUGAAAAUACUUGAGGAACAAGUGUCAGAGCUUCAGCUGAAAUUUGAACAAGAGCAAAGUGAAAGGCUUUCUUUAUUGGACAAUGAAGCAAAACUUCAAAAACAAGUUGAAACAAGUCAGAUAGAAAAUGUCUCUUUGAGUUCCAAGUUUGAGACUUUGUCGUGUGAGUUACAGGAAGUUAGGGAUCAGUUAACGUGUGUGCAGCAAGAAUGUGUCAGUAAGGAUACACAGAUAGGCAGUCUUGUUGCUGAAAAUGAAGCUGUCACCAAUAAAACAAAACAAUUAGAGGAACAGUUGAAAUUAGAGAGUCAAACCAAACAUGAAUAUGCAGAGAAAAUUACAGAGAAGGAUGAAACUAUAGCCGAGUUGGAAAAAGUAGCAGAUGAACUAAAACUCAUAGGCAGUUCGAGUGGUGACAAACUUCAACAUGUUCAGGAGACUUUUGAAAAAUAUAAGUUAAAACAGACUGAAUUGAUGGAAAAUAAAGAGGAGAGCAUUAAGAAACUGGAGAGUGAGAUAGAGACAUGGAAAUUAGGUGUGGAGAAUGAAAAAGAGGCAUCUGUAAUACUGAGAGGUGAAAGAGAGGAACUAAAGGCCCGGGUAGAGAAGUUAAACCGGGAGAAGGAAGAGUGUGGUCAGGAAAUAGCCAGUCUACAAACCUCUCUGAAGGAGGAGGAAGAGUUAGUGAAAGUGACAAAACUACAGGCUGAAGGGGACAAACAGGCUUUACAAAAUCAAGUGGAGGACCAGGAGCAAGAGAUACAGGCUCUAAAAUUCCAACUCAGCUCUCAACAUUUACAGCAUGAGCAAGCUCUAGGGAAGUAUGCAGACCAUGAAUUUGACAUCAGCAGUAUGAGGGACAGGCUGAGUGAACAAGAGGGGCUUAUAGAACAGAUGGAAGGGGAGAUGUGGGCCAUCAAGCAGGCUAGGGAAGAGGAGCAGAGGCAGCAAAAACAAGAGUUGGAGGAUGUAAAAUAUGUGUUACAAACCAAAGACGAGGAGUUCAAGUUACUGAGCAGUAAGCUUGUACAGAUUUCCACAAAACUAGCUGAUGCAGAGAACCAGGUUUCCAUAUUGGAGCAUAAGGCAGAGCUUAAGGAAAACCUUGAAAAACUUCUGCAACAGAGUAGAGAGGAGAGUUCGGCUGCCAAGAAAGAGAACUCUAUACUUAAAGGGGAUAUAGUCCAGCUGAAGAAAAAGUUGAUUCGCUUGAUAAGAGAGAAGGAUGCCUUGUGGCAGAAGACUGACAGCCUUGUAUAUGAGCAGAGAGUUCAUGCCACAGAGAAGUGGAUUGAGGACAGUGAAGUGCAUAACUGCAUGGGCUGCAGGAUUGAGUUCUCUUUUACCACGCGCAAGCACCACUGUCGACAGUGCGGACGCAUCUUCUGCUGGAACUGUAGUAACAACUGGGUGAUGACCACACAUAGCAAUAAGAAGGCCAGAGUUUGUAAUGGUUGUUAUAUCAAGCAGAGGGAUGUGGAUGGAAAAGCAGAUAGUCCUCUGGUGGGUAAUGACAGUGACGAUGAUGAGGCAGGGUUAUCAGGGUCCAUGCACGGGAGAUCAGCCAUAUCAGAGGACAGGAUGAGCCAGUCUUCUGCUUCCCAGGACGGAGCCACAACAUCAUCACUGGAUAUAUCUGGCUUAGUGUCAGGGGAUACAGACUCGCUGACCUCCACUGACCUGAGAGAAGUGGACAGUCCAGACUACAUGGCUGGAGAUGAGUCCAGAUACAGUGGAAAUGAGACUGAUGAUAACAAACAGGGGAGACAACCAUCUGAGGCAGCUUCCAAUAAGGACUUUUCCUCCACUACGGAUGAACUGACCUCUGUCCCUGCCGCUCAGUCCUCAGACGACUCGGGGAAGGAAGACCCAUUUCAUGUUAUCAGUGAGGAGGAGAUAGUCAAAUCCCUCAGUGGUUCCUUUGGCUCUCCCCCUCCCAGCCUGGACAUGAGUAUGACCAGCAGUCUUAUGAUUACCGUGGAAGACCUCCAGAAGGGACAUGUGAACCGGGACAAUGAAGUUUGGUUGAAGGCUGGCCGCAGGUUUUCCGUCCCAAUCUUGAUCGACUCAGUGGGUGUGGUUCUGUGCUGGGAGUUCACCACUCAGCCAAAGGAUAUUGGGUUCAGUGCCACCUAUGGGGAGCAGGAGACGACACCCAGCCACGAGGCACAGGUCCUGAUAGAACCAUGUAAAUGUAACUCUCACAAACAGGCCGUACGAGGAGAGCUAACUGCCAAGAAGAAGGGAGUCUACACUCUCAUGUUUGAUAACAGCUAUUCCAAACUUACUGCAAAGAAAUUAUCUUACAGCUUGUAUGUGAAGAGCAGUAAAUGAAGGCCUGAGACAGUGCUGUGAGGGUUUUGACAAGUGUGUAGGCCUGUCAUAGUGUCACAUACUCUACUCUAUCUAACGGUUAUAUGCGCUCAUUUUACUUCUGCUGCUUUACAUUCAUUAUGUCACGAAUAUUAAUUAUACUCCUUACUGUGAUAAAUCAUGUUUUUCAGUGUACAAAAUUAGUUUUAAUUUGGACAAUGAUAUUGACUUAGGAAAUCUAGUUAUGUGUUAAAUUUGUCGAGAAUGCUGAUAUUCAAGUAUCAUUAGUUACAUUUUAUAAAACUGAACUUAUGAUUUCAAGUUGUGUAUGUGUCAAGAAAGACAGACAUUACAGAAGUCUUAAAACGGUUAUAUCAUGCUGCUUUGUACAUGUAUCUGUGUUUAAGGUUGUGGAUGUACAUUAUUUGUGGAAACAGUCUAUAAUCUUUAUGUAAGUCAGCUGAUUUGUGUGUGUGCUCUGGGCGGUGUGCAUGUAUAGGUAUUGCCACUGGCAGUUAGGGUUUCCAUUUCCAUCUUUCCCACUCUUAUUGUUGCACAUGUUUAAUUUGUGAGCAGGAAAUGCCACUUUUUCCUAGUGCCAUAUGCUCAACAAUAAAAAGUGUCUUUACUGUGCCUUCAUACUGUUUAAGCUGUCCAACAUUUUGUGUACAUGUGAACUAAAGUACUGCCCAAACACUGCCCUCAAACUGAACAUUUAAUGAGGUAACACUGAAAUAUUGCUCUCUGUUGCCUGGCACUGCUUGUUUUUUCUAACAUGUUUGCACAUAAAAAGGCCAACUAUAGAUUUAAGGUUUGUAGUGAACUUAGAUUUAAAAAUAUGCAGUUUUGCCUUGUUCAAUGUUAUAUUGUAUAUAUGCAUAUGUGGAUGGUGUUAUUUUUCCCCAGGAUAUCUCAAAUGACAUUGUGCAUAAAGGUGAAGAAACUAGGGUAAUCAGAACUGUAAAAUAUUCUGGUGUUGUUUUUCCUGAUUGGUUGCAUUCAGUGUUUUAACAUCUAUAAUCUGUUUUUAUUGUUACCACAUUAAAUGCUGUUGUACACUGUAUGUCGACAUAAGGAAGUACAAGAAAUAUGAAUAGCAUGUAAUUUUCCAAGAUUGUUUUUUACUUGGUUAAUUUUACUGGUAGACCUGUAGGUACAUAUGGUAUAUCUUUUAUAUAGGAAGUGUAGGUGAUGGAUAAAUCAUAUUUCUUGUUAGAAGAAACAUCAUGCAUUCUUUAUGCUGUGUAACUCUGUAUUGGUUACUAGUAGUUUUAUAUGUAUCCUGGUACAUGAGGGCUCUGGCUGAUCAUAACGUCACGUUUUAUCGUUGAUUUGUGUCACUUUUAAUAACACUUUAUGUGUAUAUACCUAUAUGUGUAUAUACACAGUGCAUAUCAGGAAUGCUGUCACCGGUGAACAAAGGUUGUAUAAACUAGACUACUGUCCAACGACUGUCAGUUUAGGCUACUGCCAGUGUUCAUCCAGUCACAAUGUGAGCAUGUGUAUUGUAAAACUGACAAAACAUACUUCAUUGCAUUAUAUCAUGUUACUGUCCAAACUCCUAACAUUUGAUACAUAAAGGAUUGGGCAGAUGGUGUGUUAAGGUCUGAAUGGUUGUACAUAGUACUUAUGUAUCCAAAACCUACUCUGAGUUUAUAUAAGUUCAGUACCGACUACAGGUAGCCAUUAUGUUUACAUUGUGACUGCAUUGAUGACACUGCUGUUGUCAUCUGACAAUAGAAAGGUGCUAUCAUUUGCUGAUAUAUAUACCUCAUGAUGAAAUCAUGUUUGUUUGACUCAGGUGAUGGAACAGUUUGUUUUUCAUAUCAUUCUAUAUGUACACUUUUAUUGAAAUUUUAAACCCACUUUUACAUAUAUUUACCUUCUUGGAAUGUUUCUGACAUUGAAUCAAUAAAUGUUAUCCUGGUUUCAGGAAUGC